GCGGUCGCUAGUGGACAAAGUGCAGGGCACGUUGCCGUAAGUACUAGGAACUCUAAAAAGUUCACAGUAUCGGUGAACGUAGAACCAGAGUCAAAAGUUGUAUUCCUGCUAACAUAUGAAGAACUGUUGGACCGUAGAAACGAUCAGUAUGAAUUAAUUGUUAACAUUCAUCCUGGCCAAAUUGUAAAAGAUUUGAAUGUGAAGGUACAAAUAAAUGAGAGUAGGCCGCUAAAAUUCGUUAGAACUCCCUCUUUGAGGUCUGGAAACGAAAUCAGUAAGAACGAAGAUAAAUUGAAUCCAUCUUCUCAAUUAGAGAUAAUAAAUUCUACAUCAGCUGUAGUUAAAUUUAAUCCGGAUUCAGAAGACCAAAGACAAUUUGCUCGUUAUCUUGGGGAUAAGGAAUCGAGUGGCUUAUCUGGACAAUUUGUCGUUCAAUAUGAUGUAGAGAGAGAUCCACACGGUGGAGAGGUGCUACUUCAAGAUGGAUAUUUUGUACAUUUCUUUGCCCCAACUGACUUGGAACCAUUACCGAAACAUGUUCUACUCGUGCUAGAUACGAGUAGUAGUAUGAGUGGCAGGAAAAUUGAACAGGUGAAAGAUGCUUUAAAAAGCAUACUAAAUGAAUUAAGAGAGCAAGACAUAUUAAGUAUAAUAGAUUUUGGUAGUUCUGUUUCCGUGUGGAAUGUAGCUCAGGAACAAAGAACACCAAUAGAUUAUGGAUAUGGCUUUAAUUAUGAGGAACCAUUUAGUAAAUUAAGUAAAGAAGAGUUUCCAGCUGCUUUAACCGCUGACAAUCAAACCUUAAUUAAAGCAAACCGAGUCAUAGAUAGUCUUCGGGCUUAUGGUAUGACCAACAUAAUUGGUGGUCUGGAAGCAGCUUUAUAUUUGGCAAAAGUAAGACAAGAUCAUCCCUCUGAUAAAAAGUAUCAGCCCGUCAUUAUAUUUUUAACCGACGGUGAUCCAAACGUUGGUGUAUAUUCGACACAAACAAUUACGAAUAUUGUUACACGAUUGAAUACUGAAUCCAAAAUUCCUAUAUAUUCUUUAUCGUUCGGGGAAGACGCCGACAAAGAAUUUUUAAGAAAAUUGUCUUUAAAGAACCAGGGAUUCGCCAGACACAUAUAUGAAGCGGCCGACGCCUCUUUGCAAAUACAAGAGUUUUAUAAGCAAGUUUCAUCUCCAUUGUUGUCCAACAUUACAUUUAAAUAUAACGCCGAAGUCAAGGAAGUCACUAAAACAAAAUUCCCCAUCUACUUCAAAGGAUCGGAAAUUGUUGUUUCUGGACGAUAUGACA